GGAAAAUGCACGGAAGACCUCGUAAAGCCAAAACUCCGGAGGAAGAAAAAGCCUCAGCUAUUAAAGCUGUUCAAAUACGCACUCUUCAAUCUCAAUUCCUCCAUUAUCAUCAAAACAGAGUUUAUACUAAAGAAGCCCUGGAGAUCAAUGCGAAGCUUGUCGAAUCUAAUCCAGAGUGCUACACGGCUUGGAAUUACAGAAGACUCGCCAUUGAACACCGGCUCAGUGAGUCCGGGACUCAGGCAGAUUCGGAGUCUAUCAAAUCGAUUUUUGAUGAAGAACUGAGAGUGNAAACUCCGGAGGAAGAAAAAGCCUCAGCUAUUAAAGCUGUUCAAAUACGCACUCUUCAAUCUCAAUUCCUCCAUUAUCAUCAAAACAGAGUUUAUACUAAAGAAGCCCUGGAGAUCAAUGCGAAGCUUGUCGAAUCUAAUCCAGAGUGCUACACGGCUUGGAAUUACAGAAGACUCGCCAUUGAACACCGGCUCAGUGAGUCCGGGACUCAGGCAGAUUCGGAGUCUAUCAAAUCGAUUUUUGAUGAAGAACUGAGAGUGGCAGAGAAGGCAUUGGAGAAGAAUUUUAAGUCAUAUGGAGCCUGGCAUCACCGUAAAUGGGUGCUAAGCAAGGGAUACUCUUCAACUGAUCGUGAAUUACGACUUCUGAGUCAUUUCCAGAAGGCAGAUCCUCGGAAUUUCCAUGCAUGGAGUUACCGGAGCGUACUUCUGUCUCGUUUGUUCAAGAAAAGAGUCCAAGGAUAUUUUCCCAAGGAGAAUUUUUUGACAGAGGAGUAUGACUUUGUGCGCAAUGCUCUUUUUACAGAUCCGGAUGAUCAAAGCGACCCGGAUGAUCAAAGCGGUUGGUUUUACCAUUUUUGGCUUCUAGAUCAGACUGUUAAACUUCAGUCUCCUGUGCUAGUUUCGUCCUGGCCACCGGAUGGUUCUGAUCUUUAUGUAUCGAGAGAUGGUUUCCUCAAUGGUUCUGCUCCAUCCCCAUUCUCUAGUUUCCAUUGUAAUACUGGAAUAUUUCCUCUUGUUCUCUAUUUUAAUGAAGCAGUUGAAGGUGUAAGCUCAUCUACGGUAUCUGUUGAAUCUGAAUAUGAUGCGAGUAAAGAUCUUGUGUGGAGACCACUUUCAACAGACAAUAUUGGGUGUGCCAAAGCCUGGAUAACACAUCUAAGAUAUCCUGAUGAGAAGCUCCAUUCUUCAAAGUCUUAUCAAGUAAAGGUUAGCCUUGGUCAUUCCCAGGGCAUUGUUUCUUCAGGUGGUAUUCACCAUAGCUAUCCUUCUCAUAUUGCAUUUACUGUGUGUGUUCGACCUUGUAAUUCAGACCAUGCUGACGGGCAAUGUGUGGAGAGGAUUUCAUGGGGAGAGGAAAAUUUCAUUAUGCAUGAAACACCUUUUCUGGAAUCAAGCUCUCUUGACUCUUUUCAUCAACUAAGUAUCAAUGAGGAUACCAAGCCAACAGCUUCUCAGUGGAAUGCCAAGACUAUAGCCAAUGAGAUAGCUCAUUGUCGGGAAUUGUUGUCAUCAAUGGAUUGUAAAAUUGGAAAGCUUACACUUGCAAGACUAUUGGUGGCACAUGAUGCCAUGAUGACGUACAACAGUCCAAAAGUCCUCAAUGAUGUCCAUUCCGAAGAAGUGCUAGGACUAUAUAGUGAUUUAAUGAAAUUGGACUCACCACAUUCUCACUACUACAAGGAUGAAUAUAGCUCAGUUUUGUUCAAGAAGGUAACUUCCAAUAGGAAGUCUUUGCUGGACUCCUGCCGCCAAUAUAGGGGCUCAAUUUCUGGUGGCAUCAAUAAUUAUCUGUGUCUACAGCUAAAUAAUCUCUCAUUGUCGCGAAUUGGGUCUGUUGAGAAAUUAUUGUGGGUCCAAAUGCUAGACCUCAGCCACAACCAACUUCGGUCAAUUGAAGGAUUGGAGGCUAUGCAUCUUCUCUCUUGCUUGAAUCUUAGCAACAAUAAACUUCAGAGUUUUACGGCUUUGGAGUCUUUGAGACUUCUGAGGUCACUAAAAGUGUUGGAUGUCUCAUACAAUGAGAUUGGUGCACACUCUGUUGACACAAGCAGAUAUUUGUGCUCUUCUCCUUUGUCUCAUACAGUUGGAAGUGAUUGGAAUUUUGAGGAAUUUGCAAUCAGUGGUGUUAACGCUACAAACUACUGGGAAGCUUUUUUGAUUUUUAGAGGGCUGAAUUUGUCACAACUAGAUAUUGUGGGGAAUUCAGUUACUGAGAAAAAGUUCAAGUUCUUUCUGUUUAAACUACUGCCAGCACUUAAGUGGCUUGAUGGUGAAGAGUUGAAUGCAUCUUCGUUCUCUUAAUGGUCAGUUUUCUCAAUUCUUUUCUCUACUGUUAUUUAUACAUUGAGUUUGAUGUUAUAGUAUAAUGUAUAGGAGGACUUUUCCUUUGUUUGAAAUAGGAGUUUCCUAUACAAAUGACUUAACACGGUUACACCAAUUAUUUUGUCUUCUGGUGUCGAUAUAACUGCAGAUUUACAGUUUUCUUCUUGAAGAUUGCACUGUUUGAAUUAAACUUAAGUAAGAAGCCAAUGAUCAG